AUGCACAAUCAAACCAAGCUACAGGUAGUCACCCCUGUACUCCAAACACUAUUCGCAUCGUCCACGUCCAUCCUCACCACGCUCUUCAGCUGCCUCCUCAUAUUCUGGCUUCUUUCCACCAAAACUACAAGGCCCUUUUACAACGUCUACGGAAACCGUCACUUUGACGCCCCCAUCGUGGGCCCCAGCAACGCCCUCCUCGCUCGCUGGCACUUUUUUCGCCAUGGCCCGGCCCUCAUCCGCCAGGGCUACACCCAGCACCGCGACUCCUUUUUCAAAGUUUCCGGUCACGACAUACUCGUUGUGCCGCCCAAGUACCUCGCCGACCUCGCCGUGCUGCCGCCGGAGAAGCUCAGCGUCAACGCCGCCAUCGUCGAGCUCUUCCAGCGGCUGCCCGCCAUCACGACCGUCAUCGUCGACCACAGCCUGCAGGCGCGCAUGGUCGCCAGCAGGCUCACACCCAGCCUCGGCGCGCACGUGCCGCGCCUGCAGGCUCAGCUCCGAAGGCACCUUCCGAACGAGCUGUUGGCGACGACGUCGGAGCGGUGGGUGAGCGUGCCGGCGCUGGCGCUGGUGCGGCGGCUUGUGCAUCGCGGCACGGCGGCACAGUUUGUCGCGGAGCUGGCUGAUGAUGAGGCAUGGCUGGCGACGGCGAUUGCGUAUUCAGAAAACGGCUUCGCGCACAGCUUGCUCCUGCGCGUCUUUCCGGACUGGGCCAAGCCUGUUGCGGCGCUCUGUCUGCCUACCGGCUGGAGCGUAGGCGCGGCUCUGCGCAGAGCCCGCAGACAGCUGGUCCCGCUGAUUCGCGAGCGUCGCCGGCGCGAGACGGCGGAUGUAGAUUACGUCCGGCCCGAUGACUUUUUGCAGCACCUCAUGGAUGGCGGAGGCGCGGAUGAUAACGACGACAACAUCACUGUGCAGCGCCUCAUGGUGGUGUAUCUGGGCGCCGGGCCGUCUACCAUGAUCGCUAUCGUGCAGAUUCUACUCGACUUGUGCGCGCACCCCGAGUACAUUGAACCGCUGCGUCAAGAGACGAUUCAAGUCCUGCGCGGCAGCGGCGGUUACAGUCGACAGGCGCUGGCUGACAUGAAGAGGCUGGACAGCUUCAUGCGCGAGACCCAGCGCCUCAGCUCACCCACGGGGCUUGGCUUGCAUGCCAUUGUUCGCGAACCCGUGACCCUGCACGACGGCGUCAUUCUCCCCGAGGGAGCGCACAUUCAGAUGGCGGUUCAUGAAAUCGGCAUGGACCCCGACCGAGUGCCCAACCCGGCAAAGUUUGACGGUAUGCGGCAGUACAACAACAGAAAGCGGCCUGGUCAAGGCAACUGCUACCAGUACACGACCACGAGCGAGAAUAAUUUGUAUUUUGGAUACGGCAAGGUUUCUUGCCCGGGCCGCUUCUUUGCCGACCAAAACAUCAAAAUGAUCGUCUCCAAUAUUCUCAUCAGGUAUCGCCUGCGCUACGCUGGAGGAGCAAUAGGGCGACCGAAAAAUACCACCUUGUAUGAUGUUGUUAUUCCGGACCUAAGUACUCUCAUCGAAUUCAAGUUGCGAGAGGAUGCGUCUGAAUAUAACUUCUAG